GGCACCAUCCACCCGUGGGCGUGGCGCAGCGUGGCGCGUAAAACUCUCUCCAGCAAAGCGAGAGCUGGAGACGAGCAAAGCGGUUAGGCUUUCAGAGGCCGGCAGAAAGAGGAGGGGCUGCCGCGGCUGCUACUAACCAGCUGAGCUAGGCGAGCGAGCGAGCGAGCGAGCGGUUUCCUUGGCAGGCACCAAGUAUGGCUUCGUCGCAAGGCAAGACUGAGUUGAAAUUCGCCGACUGGAUGGCAAAUUUGCCCCAAAGCAUCCAAAACGUGCCGUUGGCAAAUCUGGCCAUCCCAGGGUCUCAUGAUUCAUUUAGCUUCUAUAUUGAUGAGGCCUCUCCAGUGGGACCUGAGCAGCCAGAAACUGUCCAGAAUUUUGUCUCUGUGUUUGGAACUGUGGCUAAAAAGCUGAUGAGGAAAUGGCUUGCAACACAGACAAUGAAUUUUACAAGCCAGCUUGGAGCAGGGAUACGGUAUUUUGACCUUCGGAUUUCCACAAAGCCUAGAGACCCUGAUAAUGAACUCUACUUUGCUCAUGGUUUAUUCAGUGCCAAAGUCAAUGAGGGCCUGGUGGAGAUCAGUGCCUUUCUCACUGACCAUCUUAAAGAAGUGGUCUUGUUGGACUUCAACCAUUUCUACGGGAUGCAGAAAUGCCACCAUGAAAAACUGGUUCAAAUGCUCAGAGACACUUUUGGGAGUAAAAUGUGCCCGCCCAUCUUUGCCCAUGAAGUCUGUCUCCAGUACCUGUGGGAGAAGGAUUAUCAAGUUUUGGUGUUUUAUCACAGUCCAGUGGCUUUAGAGGUCCCAUUUCUAUGGCCAGGACAAAUGAUGCCAGCUCCUUGGGCAAAUACCACAGAUCCAGAAAAAUUGAUCCAGUUUCUCCAGGCAUCAAUCAUUGAUCGAAGGAAGAAGGGGUCUUUUUUUAUAUCUCAGGUGGUGUUGACUCCAAAGGCUAGCACUGUGGUCAAGGGGGUCACUAGUGGUCUUAGAGAAACAAUCACAGAAAGAGCUCUCCCUGCCAUGAUGCACUGGGUCCAGGCUCAGACACCAGGAGAAAGCGGUAUCAACAUUGUCACCGCAGACUUUGUAGAACUUGGAGACUUUGUCAGCACAGUCAUAAAACUCAACUACAGCUUGGAUGAAGGCUGCCAACCCCAAAAGGUUGGGGAACUCUGCUUUAGAUGAUCCAUGACAAGGGAAGAUGGAAAUUCACAUCUGAAGGACUCUAAUUUGAGGAAUCUUACAACAUUAUUCCCUUCGGACAUUAAUGCUAACACCAUGUGUAGUCAUCUAAAGUGCAAAAGUCUAUGAGUCCCAUUCCCAUAGAAAGUUUGAAUUCCAGAAUAACAUUUAGCUACCUUCACCUGAAGAGUGUCAAAAAGACUAAACAAAUCACAUGGUGUUGCCUGGUAUUCCAUGUACCAAACCUUAUAUAACAGAUGCCAGUGUCAAAAUGUAUACAAUGUUCCUUCUCCACAGUUCUCUUCUGGAUAUGAAGUGUGUUAUGACCUGAGCCUGCAAAAGCAGGCUCGGGAUGUUGCAUUGGUCCCAGACAUUCCAAAAGCUGCCUGGGACUAGACUGAGUGGCACCAGCCUUGCGCGCAUGCGCAGGGCACGAAACGCUCCGCUAAUUGUUGCCAUUGUGUCCAGGUCUAUGGUCAGAUAAGAGAGAACCCUGUGUGCCGUUUGUGUUGUUGGGGUGUUGCUGUUAACGAAUAAAGAGCUGUUAACUACACAAUGAGUCUUCAUCAUUCGCCCACGAUCAAAGGACUUAACACUGGCAAUGAAGGUGGGAUGCUUUACAAGCUGAAGAAAAGAAAGCUUUAAAGACUUACCCAAGAAGUCCUGAAGAGGAGAAGACGGCAUUGGAAUCAGCGUCCCAGCCUGCCAGUAUAGCGUCGCUGGAGGGUGAGUUCGGCUGAAAGACCCUUUCCCCAAUAGAAGUUGCAGAGGAGUGAGUGGUGAAGACUGUAAACUACAGGAUGGAGAAGAUUGGUCGUUUAUCCGAAUUUGAUGUCUCACACCCAGAGAAAUGGGAAUCCUACGUUGCAAGGGUGGAGAAUUACUUCAGGGAAAACCAGAUUAGAGAAGAUGGCUUGAAGGCUGCAACCAUGUUGUGUGUCUGUGGACAGGAAGGUUUGGAAAUUGCAGAGAACUUGGUGGCCCCUGCACCUCUGGAGUCAGUAAUGUAUACUGACUUGAAGAAACUGCUGAAGGAACAUUUCUAGCCCAAGUUGUCUGUUAUUGCCUAGAGGCACACGUUUAAGCAAAAGGACCAGAGGGCAGGUGAAUCUGUUAAGGAUUUUAUUGCGGCCUUAAGGCCAGCAGCCAGACCGUGUGAGUUCAAGGAUCUGGAAG